GAAAAACAAAUACCCAUGGCCCGUGGGCUAUUGGCCGUUUUAAAUGCGGAUGAUGGUGUCGCCCACACCAGAUUACACCCAUAAAAAUAGAUUGACCGAGAAGCCGAGAGAGGAAGAAGAGCACAGUACACAGAGCUCAGAGAAAGAAGCAGCAUUGCCACGAUUGGUUUUAGAUGAGUUGGAUAAAGCGUUAUCGUUUCUUUGCCAAGUGUAACAAAAUCACAGUCUCUGAUCUUGGGGUGUCGUUGUUUAGUAAGCAUCAUCAAUAUGGUAUCCCUAGCAUUGAAAUGGCUCGAAGUAUCUAUUGCUUGCAGCCUCAGAGAGGAUGGUUGCCGGCAGAAAAGAAUGAUUUGUGGGCUGCAGAUGUUGACCCUCAGCAAAGGCUGAUUUUAGCAAGAAAUGUGUUAUCCAAAUAUGGGCUUUCUCCUUCUUUUGAGAGAAGUUCCGUUGGGUUGAAAAAGGGCAGAAUGAGUGCCUCUCGUGGAUUUGCACAUGAUGUGGAGAAUGAUCCUCAUUUGAUUAGAGAUUUCCUUGUUCAGCUUUGGAUUGCAGAUAGGAAAAUGGAAAAAUCUAGAAAGAAAAGAAGAAGAAAGAUGGCAAAGUAUGACAAUUAUGGUAAUGAGAUGGCUAAGUAUGACAAUUAUGGUAAUGUAGCAUAUAAUCAGUAUCGAUCCUUCUUACAUUCAAUUGGAAGACUGUUUUCGGGUGGAACUUCGACAGAAGAAAGAUCUUACGACCAUGGAAAAAGAGUUCUGAAGCAACCUCCUCCUAGCCAAUACGUCUCUGGUCUUCUGAAGCCAGCUUCUCCAGAGGAAGCCUUGGUUGCACCUCUUCUUGCCAGGUCAAACUUGCUGAUUACUAGGGAUAUAGAGUGGGCGAAUCUAGUACUUGGUUUUGAGCAGGAAAACCGUUAUGCAGUAGUAGAUGUGUGCUACCCGCAGUCUCCUGUGGGUUUUAUUCGUGAGCAGAGUAAUGUAAUUGCUAGGCAGUUGCUUCGUCUGAGGCGCCCUUUUGUUGCUUACAUAACUGAUGCUAUGGGUAAUGAGCUGUUUAGGGUUCGGAGGCCAUUUUGGUGGAUAACCAGCUCAAUUUAUGCAGAGAUUAAUGGUAAAGAAGUUGGUGUGGUUCAUAGACGAUGGCAUCUUUGGAGGAGAAUAUAUGAUUUGUACCUUGGAAAUAAGCAAUUUGCUGUGGUUGAAAAUCCUGGACUUUGGAAUUGGACAUUUACGUUGAAGGAUAUUAAUGGGGAAGUUGUGGCUCAAAUAGAUCGGGAUUGGAGGGGUUUUGGAUUUGAGAUCUUUACUGAUGCUGGUCAGUAUGUGAUACGAUUUGGUAGUUCUGAUCCCAGUUCCAAGAGUGCUCACGCUGCAGCGACUCAUGAUUUGGAAGUUGCCCGUCCUUUGACAUUAUCAGAGAGGGCUGUAGCUGUUGCUCUUGCCAUUUCUUUAGAUAAUGACUAUUUUUCAAGGCACGGUGGCUGGGGAAUCCCUUUCGUUGCAGUUGACGAGUAGAUAUCAAUUUGCUGCAUCAGCUGAAUCCCAUAAAUUUGCUUUUUGCCGCCACUCUUGAGGGCUUUAAGUUGUAAACUUCAGCAAGAAGUUCUUCUAAGGUCUCGGCUAUUGUUUUCUGUUUGUUCACCGGUGUCUAUAGGUGGUUUUAAAGGAUGAUUUCUUUCUGCUAUCUCCUCCAGGAGUAAAGACACUAACUAAUUUGCUCCGAGAUGAUGUAUAUUUUGACACUAGCCUCUCCCCCACCCAAUCCCCUUAUUUCUUCUGUCUGCAAAA